AGGCCACCCACUCUCGACGGUUAAACGGUUGGUCCCUGUCCUAGGGAUGAUGGGGGACCGGCCCUAUCGCUUUUACCGCCCUUGAGCAACAGCAACAACGGCUUCACGUCUCGCUGAUUUACGCACAGUCAUGGCAAACAACUGCACGGGCGACCUGCUCUACUCACGGGAGGCACUGGCAGAGGCGGGUACGAUCGAGCUGGUGCUGUACGGCACGGCAGGCGGCUUCACGCUGAUCGUCCUGCUCCUGUUCCUGGAGGAGACGGUCUUCCUCUGCCGACGGUACAGCAGCGCCCCCAGGCGGACCAAGAUCCUGCUCAUCCUCGCCAUCUAUCCGGUGAUAGCUGUGACGUGUUUGACGACGUUGUUAGCUCCCAGGACCACCCUGAUCAACGAGUUCGCCCUCAACACCGCUCUGGCUGUAGGUGUGUACCAGCUUCCCCUGCUGGUGACAGACUACAUGGGCGGCGCGGGGAGGAUGGUGAAGACGCUGUCAGCCAUCCCGGUCGCGCUCAACAUGCCGCCGUGCUGCUGCUGCGUCUGCAUACCCAGGAAAACUCUUACACGACGUCUCCUGAGGAAGAUGAAGCUCCUCGUGCUGCAGGGCGUGUUUGUCCGGCCGCUCUUCACGUACAUCGCCGCGGUCAUGUACAGCGACGACAGGCACACUCCGGGCACGACGACGUCCCCGCUGUUCGUCCUGUGCGGAGUGGUGCUGAUCCUGUCCUUCCUCUGCGCGCUGAACGGGCUGGUGUUCUUCGUGCGGGCAGCAGACCCGUAUGUUCCACAGGCUAUGCUGAAGGGUAAGUUAGUGUGUGUGGUCCUGCCCCUGGUGCUGGUCACUGUACAGAAGAACAUCAUCGUGGCGCUGUCCUCCGCCGGGGUGGCCGUCUGUACACCACCCUUCACGUCAGUGUCACGGGGAAACAUCCUGUACGCCUACGUUCUGAUCGUGGAGAUGUUCCUGCUGAGUUUCCUGGCACGCGCCCUGUACCGCCGUCCCGACGUGCCCUUCCCCCCGCCGGCCGCCACCGAGGACAAGGCGGUGCAGUGCGCCGCUCCGGAGCCGCGCAGGCUGAGGACCGCCAAGUCCCUGCCGGUGGUGACGGAGGAGGUCGACCCGCUGACGGAAAAUUUAAUCUUUUACAUGAUGAUGUAGACACGACUGUUGGCAUAUUGUUUUAAUCUCCAAGCAGAUCUUUAAUUUGUAGUUGUAAAGUUCCAAAACAAGAAAGGAAGACAGUAUCAACUUGGCAGGGCAAAGAAGACAGUCCUACCGGUGCAAAGAAGACAGUCCUAUAAAAUUAAACGCCUGACAACACGUUAAAAAUAAGCCGAAGCCUAUACCUCUGGUUGGAGAGUAGGUUGACAGCACUCAACGUUAGACAUUUUUAUGUCUCCAGUAUGCUUCCUCGGCAGCUAUAAGAUUGCCUUUAGUUUCUGCAGGUUAUUUCAUAAUAAAAGGUCAAAUACUUUUCUUUCUCAAAAAUGUACCGACUAGUCUGUUAU